AUGAAGUUCUUCACUGGCUUGUCAGUUCUUUUCUGUCUGCUGCUAUGCUCUGCAUCCGUUCAAUCAUCUGCCUCUGGGUGCUACGAUGCAGAUUGGAGCAGAUGUUCACCAUCGACGUCAGGGCUUACUGGAAUUGUGUGGAGAGCAUGCGAUAGUUACUGCAAGGUCUGCUACAACGCUGACUCUGGUGCCUGCUAUGAUUCGCCGAGUAAGAACUGUCCAGGACUUCUGAAAAAUAAUAAACAGUGCGCAUGCAAAAAUAAAAGAAGAAGCUUGAAUCGUCUGAAUCCGACUUGCUGGCCGUAA